CUUUCAUGCGCUGCAGGUCCUAAGAUAUGAGGGGGUCUUGACGUGGCACCUGUUCACAGCAGCUGGAGAUGAUGUGUACACUCACAGCUUGGUUGGCUCUGCACUUCUGUGUUUGACAAGGGAGGGCCUGUAGAUCAAGACUCCUGCAAUAUUGUACACAGCAUUAUUGAUAAUGUCUAACUGGCUGAAUGACAGUGAAGUGCUGAUAGGCCAAGGGAGUGGAGAGGCACCCCCAUGGAGCCCAAGACAACGGGGCAUCCCAUCUGGCAGUCCCCGGCCGGGACGAGGACGAGGCCUGCUGGCUUCACCCAGCACCAGGGAGUCAACCGUGGGAACUCUGCAGCCAGAAACCACGGGCAAGGCCAAAGAACUAUUUUUGCUCUGUGAUAAAGAGGGGAAAGGAUUUAUCACAAAGAGGGAUAUGCAGAGAUUACAAGAAGAGUUAUCCAUGUCCCCUGAACAACUGGAAGAAGUGUUUGAGAGUCUCGACCGAGAGAAUGUUGGAUUCCUCACUGCUGCAGAGUUCAAGAUGGGCCUUGGGGGGUUGAUGGGGCUAGAAGAGACCCCGGAUCAGAGUCAAGAUGAGGCAGAAGAGGACAAGGGUGAGGUAGACUGGACCCAGGACCCCAGCGCAAUCAGAUUUUUAAACACACUGGUGGAGUUAGGUGCUGACAAGCUAUUUAAAGAUCAGUGGGAGCUGUGUUCCUUGUGGUGUGAGCUCCAGAGAGAGAGACCAGAGCUAAUAAGCGUCCUGGAGGACAUCCUGUACCACUCCGCAUCCCAUCUCCAGGACACUCUCAGAGAGAGAGAGAGUUUGGAGCAGGCUUUACGCAGACGGGAGAAUGAACAUGAUCAGGCUGUUAGAUCCUUGUAUGAAGAAAUGGAAAGUCAAGUCAGAGAGGAGAAAGAGAAGCAGCUGGCUCAGGACAAUAUUAGACAGUGGGACAAAGGGCAGCAACUGCGGGAGGAGCUGAAGAUGCGGGAGCAGGAGCUGGAGAGUGCACUGGACAAGCACAGAGAGCUGAAGAGCCAGAUCCAGCUGCUGACCUGUGAGCUGAUAGACACCAAGGAUCGAAACCAACAGCAGCAGAGCCUCAACUUCCAUUUGCAGGAGCAGCUGGAGACCAGCAGAGAGCAGCUGCAGACGGCCCUGGCCCAGCUUAACCACAUCCAUCUCAACACUGCACAGGAACAAGCGGCCCAACAGAGAAGUGUGCUGAAGGUGUCGAGGAACAUGCAGAAAGAAAAAGAUAGUCUCUUAAGACAACUGGAACUAUUGAGGGAUAUGAACAAAAGGAUGCGCGAUGAGAAAGAUGCCCACCAGUCUCAGAAGAGGAGUCGGCACGUCAGAAAGACUUUGCAGAAGAAAGGUUCAAUCAUAGGAAACUACCUGCUCCAAGACAUGCCAGUGAGAAGUCAGCUGAGUCCCUCUAGUCAGUGGGCGGAGAACACAGGAGAGAUGUCAAAGUCAUUCGAAAGACACCCACCACCACAUGGCGUCGGGUGUGAAAACACCCGGGCCUCAGCUCAGAGCGGAGUUGCGGGUCCUCAGCGGCUAUUCAAGGUGGUGCUCAUUGGUAACUCAGGAGUGGGUAAAAGCUGCUUCAUCCAGCGCUGCUGCACAGGCCACUUCUGCAGCACGCUAAGUGCAACAGUUGGUAUUGAUUACCAGAUGAAGACUGUAGCCUUGGGAUCCACCACCGUAGUCCUCCAGCUCUGGGACACUGCAGGACAGGAGAGGUUUCGUAGUAUUACCCAGCAGUACUAUCGUAAGGCUGACGGCAUCAUCGUCAUGUACGACAUAACACAAUCCCCUUCCUUCACCGCUGUGAGGGGGUGGAUGGACCUUGUGCAGGUGGGUGGGUGGAUGGAGAUGUCAUGGACGGUUUGA